UUUGUAGGGUGAAAAUGUACCAGAAGAAGAUUCAGUAGUUUCUAGGAACGGAACACAGUCUCAAGAGGGAAAUUCGUCUGAAUAUCAAAAUGGAGGGACAGGAAAUUUUAACUUAGCAAAUGUAGCAGCUGCAAUGCCUGUCUUACAGCCUCCUCCAGGGUUAUUUCAGAGUUCAACUGUCCCUGUUUUUCCAGUCCCGUUUCUUCGACCACCUAUACUUGGUCAGAUGCGGCAAGCCAGUUCUUCCGUUCCCAUGAAUUAUGGUGUUCUUCCUCCACAGAUGCAGAAAGCCAGUUCUUCCGUUCCCAGGAAUUAUGGCGUUUUUCCUCCACAGAUGCAGCAAGCCAGUUCUUCCGUUCCUAUGAAUUAUGGUGUUCCUCCUCCACAGAUGCAGCAAGCCAGUUCUUCCGUUCCUAUGAAUUAUGGUGUUCCUCCUCCACAGAUGCAGCAAGCCAGUUCUUCCGUUCCUAUGAAUUAUGGUGUUCCUCCUCCACAGAUGCAGCAAGCCAGUUCUUCCGUUUCCAGGAAUAAUGACGUUUUUCCUUCAGAGCAAUUCCACGCCAAGUGAUCAUAAGAAUUUUCGAUGAUUUUAGCAAUAUUAAAAAUACUUUCAGAAUUUGUUCCUUUUUAUACAUGGAA